CACUGGGAGCAGUAGGGAGGUGGUACUGUCUCCAGUGGGUUAACAUCUCCUUUCGAUCGUUAAUCAACAAGAUAAUAAUACUCAAAGAUAAACGAUAACCAAAUAUUCGAGAACGAUACAUGAUAAACAUUAAUUAAAAUCAAAAAGUGCCCAGUGAGUGUCUUAAUCAGUUUCCAGGUAGGCACUAGGCGAUAUGAAAAUCAGUUUGUAUUUUUUGCUAUUUUAUGUGUGUAAUACGGCAUGCAAUGGCGAUAAAGAAGCCGAAGAGGAGGCGAACAGGAAACGGAUACUUGACCAAUUGACGAAAACACGCACAGUGAUAUUGGAUGACUACCAUUUGGUGACUAGGCAGAUAGCGACCGAUGUAUAUAUGUACAGAAGCUACCGCACCGUGUCUGUUGUGUUUUAUCCCGUCAGGAAAGACGUUAGCGAUGCACGCUUCACAUUCCAGGCUGAAGAGCUUCAUUUAAAUAACAUUGGUAGGUGCGACCCUCAAGAUGUCAUAAUCAACAUAAAGCACGGCUCCUACCCAGCCGUGAACCCCGACGGGUACCCCUUCCCUAAAGACUUCGUGGACCCGGCAACCAGGGACACUAUACACACGGUGGAACUACUGUCUGAUGGCAAGAAUAAGUCCUACAGUAUAAUCCACCCCAAGCCUGGGUCUUGGUACGCGCUGGUGUAUAGAAAAUGGGAAGAUCCUAGGACUCAGAAGGUUGAGCAGCAAGGUCUCGUGGCCGACUGCCAUACAAUCUUAUACACGGACCUGCAAGUGAAAAUAGACGAUGACAUCCGACUUAUAGACUGUGACCAGGGCAUCACCAUCUCCUACUCUAAUAUUCCCGCCACCUACAAAUGUAUGGUCGUCGACAGCAUACAACCAGUUAACUUCAACUUCACAAUCACGAACACUGAAGCUACUGACAGAUAUGUCAUCUUCCUUGUAGAAGCCCUAUACCAACCCUCCCUAGAUAAUAACCUCCUCUCAUGCUACUUCGACCCAAGAGCCAGCAAUGUACACUCAGUGAACUUCAUUCCUCAUCCCAACGCGUGGCAUUACUUCAGAAUAGAACACUACACCCCCGAAAAUGAUACCAAAAUCAAUGACUGUAACAACCUAUACUACGCCAGAACGGAAGAAGACGAUCUCAGCAAUCAUUCCGUUAUAGACCUUAUGCGCGACGACAAAGGUCGCUUUUUCACAUUCGACUACGGCUUACCUACCACCGAUUUGCAAGACGCAACCAGCUUAGUCAAUCUGACCUCGGACGAAGUGAAGUCCUUAAGGUUUCCGGUGACCAAAAUCUUAGAUAUCGGAGGCACUUUGGCUUUGGAAGCUAGUCUGCUUAUGAAAAAUUUAAAAUAUUACAUGGGAUGGAAAAGAGAUCGGAAAGGAGCGCAAGGAAAUUUGUUGGCGUUUACCGAGGAUAGCCAGUAUAUGCGCGUUGUGAUCUGUUUGGACAUCGGUCACACAAGCUUGCCCUUAUCGUCCGGACACUGCCAAUACAACGAUCACGUGAAGCCGGCGUUGUUCGUGUUGAACAGUACGGACUCAGAGUCCAUAGACGAUAAAGUGAUAAUUCCUUUUCCCGACGACGGGCAGUGGUAUCUGACGUUCCGCUUGUUUUGCGAUGAAGUCGUCUGUCCUUGUCGGACGUUUGAUAACGGUACGAAGUAUUACGUGAACUCUAGCGUGCUAGACAGGGACGAGGAAGACUUGGGGAACGUGUCGAUGCGGGAGGGGGAGAAGGAUUGCAACGUGACAGUGGUGCUGUCGAUCUCAUCGUCGUCUUGUGUCGGCGGCCGCUGCGGGAACCACGGCAGUUGUCUGCUCAACACGUUCGGGGGACUGAUUAUGUCUUUUUGCUCCUGCACGGCUGGUUACGGAGGCUGGGACUGCUCUGACGACUCAAGGAUGGACAGCAGCGUAUCCAUGAUCGUGUCCGUAUUACUCCUGACUCUCAGCAACAUGCUCUUCUUCAUCUCCAUCUACGUGGCCAUCAUCAGACUCUACUACACCGAAGCCAUGAUGUACGGGUUCACUAUGGUCUUCUCUACUUUCUACCACGCCUGCGACGCGCCCGCUCAGGUAGCCUACUGUAUCACCCGACCGAACAUUCUACAGUUCGGAGACUUCUACUGCGGUAUCAUGUGCUUCUGGGUAACAUUACUGGCAAUGGCCAUUAUGGGUGAUAAACUGAGAUCUUCAUUACAACUCAUCGGUGCAAUAAUCAUAGCUUUACUCACUACGUGGAACAUGCAUUCUAUAGUCGCCUUUAUUUUACCAGUUGCGAUUGGAUGCGGAUUUUUAUUCUUAAGUUGGUAUUUAGAUUGGAGAAAGGCUCACGCGUUAAUGUUCAAGAGAUCGUAUUACACGACUUUCUUGCCUAUAGGCAUAUUGUUGGUCGGUGUAGGUUUGAUCUGCUUUGCUUUUCUUCAGACUGAGCAGAAUUAUAAGAUUGUACAUUCUAUUUGGCAUAUGAUAAUCGCUGCUAGCGUAGUGUUCCUUUUACCGGACAUAAAACGCGGAGACGACGUCAACCCGUUCCUGCCCGGCCCCAAUUUCUGGAGACUGUCGUUUUGUAGCAAAUUCAAUAGAUCUCAGACUCCUAACACAGUCAAUAGAUCUCAAACUCCUAUAACAACGGCCCCGCUAACAGCAGACUGAAAGCGUCAAUUGCCAUCCAUUAUAAAACGAGCCUUAUGUCGUUUUGUUAAGGUGCAAAUACAAAUAACGCGUUAGUGUUAGUAGUAAUUAAGAUAUAAAUGUUAUUUCCUUUAGUUAUGACAUUCUCCUACUAGUCAACACUAUUUUGAACGAGUACAGAUAUUUUAGUAAUUCGUAUAGCUCUUGAUAAUUAGGUGUAACGUAUUGAAUUCACAUGACAAUAGAUAAUGAUAGGUGAUAGUACAAUUUUCAUAUAUUUAUUGAAGUACAUGAAACAAAAUGAAAAAGACUGUGAGAAGAAUAAGAGAACUAAGCAGAGCCGGACUUGGACAUUGUUAUCGAGGUAAAUCUAUAAGUAAUUGGCGAUUUAUGGAUGCUAUCAAUUUAUCAGUUACCUAAUUUGUUCUUGUUUAAUGGCCUGUGUCCGGCCCUGGCAAUACGUAAUCAACAUACCACGCCCCACGACCCCGUUAGAAAUUAACGGACCAAUUUUGAUGUGAUUUUAUGUGAUAGAGUGUACCAGAGUGUAGCUGAUUUUUUAACAUUCUGUUCCUAUACUUGAAUAUUUUUAAUUGAUAUUUCUAACAAGGGAAGUCGAAGGCCCGUUCAAACUUUUAAUAUUUACAAAAUUAGCUUUGUUUCUGAAACGGGUCUCGAUGUAAAGAAUUAAUAAUAUAUCCGAGGGGGUAUGUAAUAAUUGUAGCAAUAAAGCUACAUGCGAAGUGCGUGGUGAAGUACCUAAUACAAGCGACGACAACGCACAGCGGGGGGAAGAAUGAGGGAUCAUUGAGAUUAGACGAUGCGAGAACUCGCAUGCGAGUUUCAUUACAUUGCGGGUUUUGAUCGGUCGGUUGAAUUGGACGUAACCAACAGUCCGCAAUGUAACUAAAAUCGCAAGCGAGUUCGCGCGCCGUCGAAAUUAGCCCUGACUUUCGUGAGACUUUUUCGAGGGAUGGGUCAAACCCGAUAAAUCGAGAUAUUUUGGCAGUUAAAUAACAACUCUACGCACGUCACAUAGGUAGUUCUAAUUUCUAAAACCUAUUUGCACGACUUAUCGGGUUUUACCGCACAGCUUUCGAUUUGAUAGUCAUGCACAGAUCGAACAUUCGUCACGAUCUCACGAUUGUCUUGAGAUGGGCAGCCAUAGAGUUUAGCGUAGUGUCAUUGUUGGAUAUAAAGAAAAUUUACUAAUACUUUUGGACAAUAAGACUGUAGACCAUUCAAGUAACAGUAUUAAAGGUGGUCUCAAUAUGAUGAACACAAUACGACCUUAUAUAUGUAUAUCUUAUUGAAGUAUGUAAUUGCAUAAUUUAUGCGCAUUGCAAGAAGGUAAAUCUACGUUUAUUUCGUGACAAACGUGUAAUUCAUUAAAAAAAUGCAGUUUUAAGAAACAACAUGAACUAUUCAAAAUCUUCUAGUCUGCAUAAUACUUAUAAAUCAUGCUACUGAUAUUUCGCAUAAGUUCAGAUAAACUCACUGGCACUAGCCGGGGUUCGAAGCCACGAUCUCAAGUUAGAAAGCAGAAAACCUUACCACUUUGCUACCAACUCUUCAUGAUGAAUUAUGGUAAUGAAUGAAUGAAUGAAAACAUUUAUUUUCAGGCAACUAUUGGCCCAUAGAUAAAUACCUGGUAAUGAGAUGGCUCGUAUAAAUACGUACAUACAUAUACAUGUACUGUACAUUAAUAUUGGACAAAGUCAAUAUUGACCGAGCAGUGACAUACGAUUAAGUACAAAAGUCAAUAAAUUCCUCAAUUAAAAUCAAACUAUAAUGUUGUAGUUGUAUACUUAAUUAUUGCAACUAUUUACUUAUUAUAUAAAUUAACUUCAAAUUUUGACAACUAUCUGUUUUUUUUAAAUAUAGGCCCCAUUAAUAGAAUUUAUAGUUAAAUAAAGAGUGUUCACGGAACUCCAACUCUAGUAAUACUCGAACAAUAUUUUGGUACACUUCCUGACAUAAAGGUACGUAAAAGUGUUACCAUGUACGUGGUAGGUCCCAUAAUGACCUGGCCUGAACCAAAUAUUAUAAUGCUAGCGAAAUAAAACUAUUAUUACUUUUCAAUAUAGUCGCCUUUAAUGUCAACGCACUUUUGACAUCUUUGAAUAAGCAUCUCUAUUCCUUUAUAAAAGUACCUUGAAAUCUUGUCUUCAAAAUGACCUAAAACGGCCGCCUCCAGGUCUUCGUCAUUGAAAAACUUUUUUCCUCGCAAGUCUCGCUUCAGGUUUGGUAAUAAAAAAUAGUCACUGGGAGCCAUGUCCGGACUAUACGGGGGAUGGUCGACCUCAGUGAACCCGCACUCGCGAACUGCAGCCUUGGCCACGAAGGCGGUGUGUACGGGAGCAUUGUCGUGUAGCAGCAGUACCCCUUUGGCUAGCUUUCCUCGUCGCUUUUCCUUUAUUGAAGCCCGCAAUUUGUGGAUCAAAGAAGCAUAGUACUCGCUAUUUAUAAUUUCUUUGAAAUCGACCAUCAGGAUACCAUGGCAAUCCCAAAAGAUUGUGCACAUCAGCUUUUUGCUGGACUGGUGCACCUUUGCUUUAAUAGGGGGCUUUUCGUUUUUAAAGCGCCACUCCAUCGACUCGCGUUUGCUCUCGGGAUCAUAAUAAAGCACCAUUGUUUCGUCUCCAGUCACCAGCCGUUCAAUUAUGUUUGUAGGGUUUUCGUCACAGAGCUCCAAAAAUUUGGAAGCACAUUUCACUCGUUCUUCUUUUUGAACCGCUGAUAGAAGUUUAGGCACCCACCUUGCACAGACCUUACUCAUGUGAAGAUGAUCGUGAAUUAUGCAGUGGACGGUGCUCUUAGAAAGCCCUAGCCUUGCUGCUAUUUCUCUGAUCUUUAGGCGGCGAUCACUUAAAACUUCCUCCUGGACGCUGUUAAUAUUUUCAGGAGUGAGGACCUCCACUGGUCUUCCAUCAUGUCCCAGAUCUUCGACAGUUUCCCGACCAAAUCGAAACUCGUUUACCCAAUUUUUUACGGUGCUAUACGAAGGAGAAGACUCGCCGUACACGCCAUCUAAACGAUCUUUUAUUUGAGUGGGAGAUAAUCCUUCUUUAAACAGGAAUUUUAUGACGCUUCGGUACUCAAUUUUCGACAUUGCUAAAAAUCUUGCGACAACCUUGACUUAACUUUCUCUAAACCUGCAAAUAAAGCAAACAAGUUGACGCUUGUCCGUUUAAAAACUACAGCCGGCCUAGCCAAGGUUACAAUCGCUAUCGCUUCGACAUCGAAAAGCAUUAUGUCUCUCUAUCACUCUUCUAUAUUAGCGCGACAGUGACAGUUGCGUUUCGAUCGCUACGGAGCGUAAGCGAUUGACAUCUUGGCUACGCGGCCUGAUUAGAUAUGCUAUACAAUGGUGCAUAACAUGUCAUGACAUGUUACGCAGAAGUGGGUCAGGCCAGAUCAUUAUGGGACCGCCUGGUAAAUGUUACUUUCACAUAAGUACCCCUUAAUUUGAAUGCUAAUAGUAAGUAUUUCGUUUGAUACUGGAACUUGAAUAAGCUUUAAAAUAAUAUUUUUCUUAAUAAUGUGAGGAAGCAUGAUAAUAUAAUUGUACAAAAAAACUAUGGUGUUUAAAGGUGUGAAUGCAUUGGUUUAAAAAAAGCACAAUGUAAAAAAAUAUGAAUUACGUGUAUUUUUAGUUAAUUAAGUAAGUAGCUUCAGCAUUUUUAACGGAAGCCUGUGCAAAAGUAGGCUAUUGUAAAAUCUCGUUGACCUCUAAAAAUAGUACAUAAUAUACAUAUGUAUAGUGUGGCCCAAAUAAUAAAUGGUUUGCAUAAAAUAAACUUUAUAAUCUUCACGGUAGUGUUUAAAAUUGAAUGCAUGUCAUCACACAGGCAUUUUACUAAUGUGUUUCAUACAUCAGGGGAUCUGGCCAAGAUGUGUAUAUUCUGUAUAACUCUGUAGUUUCAAAAUACUUUCGGGCAUUUUAUUAGUAGGUACAUACUACAAACGUAGGUAUUUAUUUGAAAAUGACGUAACGAACCCUGAAAUGUUAGAUUAGAUACUUUUGCCAUGAUUUUUUUUAUGCAACUGUAAAUAGGUAAGAAUUGUCCAAUAUUGUAAUAUAAACUGACGGUGCCUUAUACCUAUUGUCCACUUUCAAAUUUCGAGACCGUUCGUGAAUGAACUCUUGGCAAUGGCAUAAUUUAGGACAGUUGCAACCAUGGGGUAAAGUGGUAUAAGAUUUAUACACUUCCAUUGUGUACGACUGUACGGCCACAUACCCAAUGAUAUCCCCUCUACCCUAAUUGCUACUUUAUCAAAGAUGUCUCAUGGUUGAAACUGCCCUGAUUCACCAUAAAUACCUAGAAAAGAAACAAAGUACCUACCACAGUGUGUAUUAAUAUAAAUUUAGUAUAACUAUGUUAAAGGAAAAUUCGUCUAAAAAAAUGAAUGGUCUCCUUCUUCCAUUAGUGUUUGUGCCAUGUGUAAUUAAUAUUAAGAUUUAGGGAAUUAAUAUCCAUAUUGAGAUUAUUUAGCGUCUUUCUCUUUAUUAUGAUCACUUGCUCUAAAACAGGGCUGUCCCUUGUCUGUGUUUUUGUGUACAAAAAUGUAAACAUGGAACACAAACUUGUGUAAUAUACAAACCAUACACUUCUACAUAAAAUAGAGGCUAUUUCACAUCUAAAUGAUCCUUCUUCUGGCUGUAUCUUCGCAGUACAGAAGACCCUUGUUGAAAACUUGUUAAGGCAAGAUCGUGUAUAUGAAAUUUAAACAUGUAGGUACCAAUAUAAAAACCUUGCCAAAACAUGCUUAAGACGCGUUUACAUACGGUACGUAUAUUUAAGUACGACAGGUAAGAUGUUAAAUUGUGUAGACGGUCACAAACGAUGUUUCCCUUAUUGACCAUCAUACCUUUAUGAUAUUUAUAAUGGGUCUUUACAAAACUUGGCCUUAUAAUACUUGUAUUAAUGUUGACAUUCCUUCCAUCUUUGUUUGCUCAAAUGGUGAAGUUUCACUUCUUCUGAUCUCUCGGGGCAAAACAGGAACAUUGUACAAUUCUGACUUUAGCCUAAGUAUAAGGCAGCUACAGUGUUUAAAUUAACUUUACUUAUGUGCCAUCUUAUUUAUUUGUCUAGAUUCUAAUUGGAAUAUUUAUAUUAAAAUUUUAUUACUUAUAGUAACAUCUUUUGUAAAUCAAAUACAAAGUGUAAACUUUAAGCCAGAAGGGCUCUGGAAUAGGUUGAAAUUUUUAUAAGGAGGACUUUUUAUUACCAUUAUAUUUAAGCCCUAUUAAUUAAAAUUGACAUUUAAAGAUACAAUCCACGUGUAAUACUGUUAUUAGAAAAUCACAGCUUAAUCAGCCAUUUUGUUUUAAUAUCUACUUCAAUUUCCAAUAUUAACAUAUUAUUCUUUUUGAUAUUACUCCACUGAAGUACAGGGCCCAGUAUAUAUACCUACAAAUAUAAUUUGGAUGUCUUCAAAUGAUGUUACAUAUACUUUUCUUUUAUAUUACAUUAUUAUAGUACGUUUCUAAGUAGGCUAUGUCAUUGAUGCUUUAUGUAUAGUUGUGUUAGUGAUUUAUACACAAAUACUCUAGUUAAUGUUGUCAUUAAUUGUAAUGUUCAUGAACAAAGAUGCCAGUUACCAAGCACACUAAAUAUUGUACUGCAGUAUAAGUUAACUAAAAUAUAUUUUAUAUUAUAAUCAUGAACAAUUAUAUUUGUUAUUAAAGAUUUGUAAGUAAAUAUAAUAAAUAAAACCAAAGUCAAAUUUAUGAAAUAUU